AUGCUGUCCCAAAAGCCGCAAUUUAUCUCUGCUUUUCUUUUGCUGAAUGUUAUAACAUGUCUGCACGUUGUAAAAAUCGAGUCUUUAAGCCCCGACGGUCUCUCCCUACUUUCCCUGAAGUCCGCCGUGGACUCCUCCGCCGCAGCCUUCCCCGACUGGAACGAGAACGACACGUCGCCCUGCGGCUGGUCCGGGGUUUCGUGUAUGAACAUCUCUGGCUCGAGCGACGAGCGUGUCGUCGGGAUAUCCAUCGCCGCCAGGAAUCUCCGGGGGUAUAUCCCCUCGGAGCUCGGCAGCUUGUUCUAUCUCCGGCGGCUGAAUUUACACGGAAACAAUUUCCACGGUUCGAUUCCCGAUCAGCUGUUCAACGCGUCCUCACUGCACAGCAUUUUCCUCUACGGUAACAAUCUCUCCGGUCCUCUACCUCCCUCUCUCUGCACCCUCCCCCGCCUGCAAAACGUCGACGUCUCAAGCAACUCCCUCUCCGGCCCACUCCCCAAGACCCUCAGCAACUGCAGGCAGCUGCAGCGGCUGAAUCUCGCCAGGAACAAGUUUUCCGGCGAGAUCCCGGCUGGCAUUUUCCCCGAGCUGGCGAAUUUGCAGCACCUCGAUUUGUCGUCAAACGAUUUCAACGGCUCGAUUCCAGGCGACAUGGGCGAGCUGAAGUCGCUAACGGAUACUCUGAAUCUCUCGUUUAAUCACUUCACCGGGCAAAUUCCAAAAACUCUAGGCGAGUUGCCACUCACCGUGAGCUUCGACCUUCGGAACAACAAUUUAAGCGGCGAGAUUCCCCAAACGGGCUCUUUCGCCAACCAGGGCCCGACUGCAUUCCAAAACAACGACGGUUUAUGUGGUUUUCCGGUACAAAAGUCCUGCAAGAGCAUCACCAACAGCCCAACUGGGUCUCAAGAUUCCGGGCCGGGGCCCAACAUAAAUUCCAGUCCGCGUAAAGGGCUGAAACCUAGCUUGAUCAUACUUAUAUCCAUAGCCGAUGCUUUAGGAGUGGCUUUUAUAGGAUUGAUAAUCAUUUACAUUUACUGGAAACGUAAGGACUCGAACGGGUGCAGCUGUACUGGAAAAGGGAAGCUCGGUGGGAAUGAAAAAACAGGCCUUUGCACAUUUCCUUGCAUGAAUGGCUUUCCGAGUAAUGACUCGGAAGUCGAAUCUGAAAAGGGCGGUGGUGCUGGCAGAACUAGCGGUGGCACGAGUGGUGGGGAGGGUGAUUUGGUGGCGAUCGAUAAAGGGUUCAGUUUCGAGCUGGACGAGCUUUUGAGGGCCUCAGCUUAUGUGCUGGGAAAAAGCGGCUUGGGGAUAGUUUAUAAGGUUGUGCUUGGAAAUGGAGUUCCUGUGGCGGUUAGGAGGUUGGGAGAAGGCGGAGAACAGAGGUAUAAGGAAUUUGCGGAUGAGGUUCAAGCGAUUGGGAAAAUAAAGCACCCGAAUGUUGUGAAGCUGAGGGCAUACUAUUGGGCACCUGAUGAGAAGCUUCUUAUAAGUGAUUUCAUUUCCAACGGCAGCUUGGCUUCUGCUCUACGCGGCAAGCCGAACCAGCCCGUAUCCACCCUAUCAUGGGCUGCCCGACUCAGAAUCGCCAAAGGCACGGCCCGCGGAAUAGCUUACCUCCACGAAUGCAGCCCGCGAAAGUUCGUCCACGGCAACAUAAAACCCUCCAACAUUCUCCUCGACAGCGAUCUGCAGCCCCACGUUUCCGAUUUUGGCCUCAGCCGACUCAUAACCAUCACUGGAAACAACCCUUCUUCCUCCGGAGGCUUCAUUGGUGGGGCCCUCCCUUACCUAAACCCGGCCCAGCCCGAAAGGCCCAACAGCUACCGGGCACCCGAGGCCCGGGGGCCCAACGGGCGCCCGACCCAGAAAUGGGAUGUAUACUCAUUUGGGGUCGUCUUGUUGGAGCUGCUGACCGGGAAGUCUCCCGAGCUUUCUCCACCGACGAGCUCGAGCUCGACUGAGAUUCCCGAUCUCGUGAGGUGGGUGAGGAGAGGUUUUGACGAGGAGAGCCCGCUUUCGGAGAUGGUGGACCCCAUCUUGCUGCAAGAAGUGCACGCGAAGAAGGAGGUUUUAGCGGCGUUUCAUGUAGCGCUUGCUUGCACGGAGGCGGACCCGGAGGCUCGACCAAGGAUGAAAACAGUAUCGGAAAAUCUCGACAAGAUUGGAAAUUGA